CUUGCCCCGUUCUGCUCCGACGGUCCGACCCAAUAAUCAAACAGGUAAACUACAUCCGAUUCCGAAUCCUCUGCAACUUCACCGAACCCUGCUUAAACCCUCCAUAACUCCAUUUGUCUCCAAACCCCAGACUUACUUGCAACCAUGCUCGUUUUCUCCCUGUCCCUCGUGCGCCGGCGCCCCAGGCAACUAUGGCCGAGCAGCAGGACCUUCGUGGACGCAAAAAUCAAAUGGGUGAGAGACCGAGGCCUUGACCACGCCGUUGAGAAGGAGAAGCAUCUACGACCAAUGAUCGCCCUCAAGAACUUCAUCAAAUCCGAGCCCUCCAAAUCCCUCUCCGUCUCCGUCGCCGCCGAGAACAAAGAUCGCCUCCUCCUCCCCACCCGCGCCAUCGAAUUUAUCCGUCGAUACCCCUCCGUCUUCGAAGAAUUCUUCCCGGGCGGCGCCGGCGUUCGCCCCCACGUCCGCCUCACCCCUGAAGUGCUCCGUCUCGAUGAGGAAGAAAAACUCAUCUACGACAGCUUCGACCACCGGCAAGAUGCCGCCGAUAGACUUCUUAAGCUGCUUAUGCUCACCAGAGUCAAUAAGCUUCCUUUGCACAUCAUUGACAGGCUGAGGUGGGACCUAGGUCUUCCCCACGACUACGUUCGAACCCUUCUCCCCGACUACCCGGACUACUUCCAGGUGAGUACUAUAACGGACACUAUUGGUUCUGGUAAUGGUUCGGAAACUCUAGCUCUAGAACUUGUUUGUUGGACCAAUGAACUUGCAGUCUCGGCCAUGGAGAAGAAGGCAAUGGCCGAAGGAGACCCGCCUUACAAGAAAGGAAUGCCGCUUGCAUUCCCUCUGCAGUUCUCCAGAGGUUUCGACAUGGAGAAGAAGGUGAAGAAGUGGGUCGAUGAAUGGCAGAAUUUGCCUUACAUUUCUCCUUAUGAGAAUGCUUUGCAUCUCGCUCCCAAGAGUGAUCAGGCCGAGAAGUGGACAGUUGCAGUAUUGCACGAGCUACUUCAUAUUCUUAUUUCGAAGAAGACUGAGAGAGAUAACAUUCUCUGCCUUGGUGAGUACUUAGGCCUUCGGUCGAGGUUUAAGAGGGCAUUGAUGCAGCACCCAGGAAUUUUUUAUCUCUCCAAUAAGAUUAGGACUCAUACUGUGGUUCUUAGGGAGGCUUACAAGAGGGACCUCUUGGUGGAGAAGCAUCCGUUGAUGGGUAUGAGAUAUCAGUAUAUCCAUCUCAUGAACAAGGAGAAGGAACAGAGAAAAUCUGCUGGUGCACCAAAUGCCAGUUCCAAAGAACCAAAUAUCACUCAAGCUACCAAGAAAGAAGAUGAGGAUGAAGGUGAGGAAGAUGAAGAUGAGGAAUCGUUUGAAUUGUCUGAUUCUGAGGUUGAGGAUGACAGUGAUGAGGAUGAUGAUGAAGAGGAAGAGGAGAAUAAAGACAAAAGUGAACCAACUUUACGCCAGAGGCCUCUUAGAACUUCUGUUCGACAAGGCGCUGUAGGAAGAUACUCAAAUAGAAUGCAGGACAAGGUUUCCAAAUUUUUUCGAGGAUCAGAAUGCCAUAGAGGGGACAAUGGUGGUGCAAGAUCAGUGAGGAGAUUGGAUUUCCCAAGAAGCGAUAGGAGGUCAUUACCAGACAGGAGGAGUUACACGUAGGAAAAUUUCCAGGCUUUGUAAUGCAGGAUCUAAGAAUCCUUUUCAUCUCCCUUAGGUACCCACUGUGCUCAUUGGUCCUUCAGGCAUCAAUAUCUCCCGAGUUUUGGUGACCCAAGCUGUUGGAUUAUAGAAAAGCAUGUUUUGAUGAAAGCAUCAUAAGUCUAUGUGCUGAUAGCUCAAUGAUCACUCAUCCUGUCAUUGGUAAUUUGACCAUUAUAUAUUCAUCUCUUUCAUCUUCUGCCCUUGGAGAGUUGCGACUCACACUACUGUUGGUGCUGCCUUUCCUGUUGAUUUGGCCUGAGGCCGUGAUACCUGUUGAUCAUCUUCACCAUGUAAGGUGCUCUCCCCUUCAUUAUGAUUUUGAUAACAAGUCAUUAAGUUCUUGUCAAUAAAUUAGACUUUGAUUGAUUUAAACUGCAAAUGAACAACUGAACAAAUGAUCACCCCUUGCUUGGUUUUGCAAGGGAAAAGACAACGGCACAAAAACAAAUUUAGUCUACAGUUGUGUACUUGCAGGGAAAAGACAAUGGCACAAAAUGAACAUCUCAGUGAUGCAUCUUGAAUGAUCUUAACCUGAAUUUGAGUUCAUGUAUCUCCACUGUCCUAUGAUUAUAUUCUCCAUGCAGAUGGCAUCAAAGACUGUAAUUUCUAUUUUGUUUGACUCUCAAGCUUUUCAAUGAGAGAUUGAAUGAGAAUGGCUGUUUUUUAAAACUGCAGA